AUGCAAACUUCAUUAUCAACGACAACAAUAGAAGAUCAUCUUCACCACCACUACUCCCCGGAAGAAUCACAGAAAUUGAUAUCUCGAGAAUCCAGUAUUAACACAGAUUUAUUUAAACAUGAGAAUGAAUCAGUAGAUCUAUUAUUAAAGGAAAUGAAUUCAACUCCAAGUAAAUUAUUACCGAUAGAUAAACAUUCCCAAUUACAAUUACACCCUCAAUCGUCCUCAGCAUCAAUAUUUAAUUCCCCAACAAAACCGUUGAAUUUCCCCAGGACGAAUUCCAAGCCAAAUUUAGAUCCAAAUUCAAGCUCGGAUACCUACACUAGCGAACACGAUCAAGACAAGGCGAAAGAAGAGAAAAAGGACUCAACUGUUCAAACCUCUUUUGAUAGAAAUUUUGAUCUUGAUAAUUCCAUCGAUAUACAACAAACAAUUCAACAUCAGCAACAACAGCCUUCACAACCCGACCAUAAUUUAGUUGAUGAAUUUUCAUUUCAAACACCGAUGACGUCGACUUUGGAUUUAACCAAGCAAGCUUCAACGGCAGACAAAGUGAAUCAAAAUCAUGCACCAACUUAUAUAAACACUUCCCCAAAUAAGUCAAUAAUGAAAAAGGCAACUCCUAAAGCAUCACCAAAAAAAGUUGCAUUUACUGCAACUAACCCUGAAGUCCAUCAUUAUCCAGAUGAUACAGCCGAGGAAGAAGAUCAAAGUCAACAAAAGCAAGAUUCUGUUGAGCCCCCAUCAAUACAACAUCAAUGGAAAGAUCCCUCUCAACUCAAUUAUUCUGAUGAAGAUACCAAUGCUUCAGUUCCACCUACACCGCCACUUCAUACAACAAAACCCACUUUUGCGCAAUUAUUGAGCAAAAAUAAAGAUGCCAAUUUAGAAACCGAAGCAUUGACAGAUAUGAAGUUACGCCACGAGAAUUUUAGCAAUUUGUCAUUGGAUGAAAAAGUCAAUUUAUAUCUUGGUCCCAAUACAAAUAACAACAUUGGUGGCAAUAACAAAAAUGUCUCUGAUAUGGAUCUCCAUUUACAAAACUUACAAGAUGCUUCGAAAAAUAAAACCAAUGAAAGUAUCCAUAAUUUGUCAUUUUCUUUAAAAACACCUAAAAAUGAUAUUGAAAACCCAUUAAACUCAUUAACUAAUGCAGAUAUUCUGUUGAGAUCAUCUGGAUCAUCACAGUCUUCAUUACAAUCUUUGAGAGAUGACAAUCGUGUCUUAGAAUCAGUGCCUGGAUCUCCUAAAAAAUCCAACCCUGGAUUAUCUUUAAAUGACGGUAUAAAGGGAUUCUCUGAUGAGAUUGUUGAAUCUUUGCUUCCUCGUGAUUUAUCAAGAGAAAAAUUUGAGACUGCAAAAGAGAAUGAUGUAGCAGAGCACAACAACGAUGCUAAAUCAACUAAUGCAAUUAAGGGGCAACCCUUAGUAUCAUCAGAUGAACAUUUGGAUUCUUUUGAUAGGUCCUAUAACCAUACCGAACAGUCGAUCUUGAAUCUUUUAAAUAGUGCAUCACAAUCUCAAGUUUCAUUGAAUGGGUUGCACAAGCAAACUCACGGACCUGAACAAGAACAAACACAACAAGAAGAAGCUUCGUCUACCGAUAAUAUCAAAGUUAAACAGGAACCAAAAAAUAGUAUGGAUUCUAUCAAGGUUACUGUGAAGAAAGAACCAGCCAUGUCCACGGAAGAAAAGCCUCCAAAGAGAGAAUUCUCAAGCCAAAGAUUGAAAAUAGAGAAUACAAAAGAAUUUGCAGAACUAGCCGAAUAUUAUCCGAAGAAAGAGAAUGAAGCAAAUAUUCAAGUUGAAGACACUGAUGGAUUGUUAAAGAAAGCACUAGACGACGAUGACGAAUCUGAUGCCACCCAAAACUCAACGAAAAUGUCGAUUCGUUUUCAUAUUGACAGUGAUUGGAAAUUGGAAGAUAGCAAUGAUGGUGAUAGGGAAGACAACGAUGAUAUUUCCCGUUUCGAGAAAUCAGAUAUUUUGAAUGAUAUGUCACAAACUUCUGAUACUACUGGUGACAAAUAUGGAAACUCAUCAAGUGAGAUAACCACCAAAACAUUAGCUCCUCCCAGAUCAGACAACAAUGGCAAUAAAACAUCAAAAGUUCCAACUAAUACUGACUCAUCACAACAACAGCCACAAUUAGAGGUACCGCAUACAAAAGAAGAUGAUAGCAUUCUUGCAAACUCGUCUAACAUUGCUCCACCCGAGGAAUUAACUUUGCCUGUAGUGGAGGCAAAUGAUUACUCAUCUUUCAAUGAUGUGACAAAAACUAUUGAUGCAUACUCAAGCUUUGAAGAGUCAUUAUCAGCGGAACAUGACACUGAUACGAAACCAAUUGAUUUCAUUUCAAUUUGGCAUAAACAAGAAAAGCAGAAGAAACAUCAAAUUCAUAAAGUUCCAACCAAACAGAUUAUUGCUAGUUAUCAACAAUUCAAAAACGAACAAGAAUCUCGAGUUACUGGCGAUAAAGUGAAAAUCCCGAAUACUUUACAAUCCAAGAAAUUCAAAGAGGUGAAUGUUAUGUCAAGAAGAGUUGUUAGUCCUGAUAUGGAUGAUUUGAACAUUUCUCAAUUCUUGCCUGAAUUAUCCGAAGACUCUGGAUUUAAUGAUUUAAACUUUGCCAAUUAUUCAAGUAACACCAACAGACCAAGAAGCUUUACUCCAUUGAGCACUAAGAAUGUCUUGUCGAAUAUUGAUAACGAUCCUAAUGUGGUUGAACCUCCUGAACCGAAAUCAUAUUCUGAAAUUAGAAAUGCUAGACGUUUAUCAGCCAAUAGAACUGUGUCAAACCAGGCACCACCAUUGCCACCACAACGACAACCAUCUUCAACCCGAAUCAACUCAAAUAAAAGAAUGUCCAGAUUUAGAGUGCCCACAUUUGAAAUUAAAAGAACUUCUUCGGCAUUAGCACCAAGAGACAUGUAUAACGAUAUUUUUGAUGAUUUUGGCACGGGUUCUAAACCAACUAUAAAGGCUGAAGGAAUGAAAACAUUGCCAAGUAUGGAUAAAGAUGAUGUCAAGAGGAUCUUGAGUGCAAAGAAAGGUAUGACCCAAGAUGAAUAUAUCAAUGCUAAGCUUGUUGAACAAAAACCUAAAAAGAAUUCAAUUGUUACAGGUCCUGAAGAUAGGUAUGAAGAAUUACAACAAACAGCCUCUAUACACAAUGCCACAAUUGAUUCGAGUAUUUAUGGACGACCAGACUCGAUUUCUAAUGAAAUGUUACCUUAUCUCAGUGAUGAAUUGAAGAAACAGCCUGUGGCUUUAUUAUCUGCUGAUCGGUUGUUUAUGGAACAAGAAAUACAUCCCUUAAGAUCUAAUUCUGUUUUGGCUCGUCCAGCAGCCAAUUCUUCAAUGUUGCCGGAGCCAGAUUUCGAAUUAAUCAAUUCACCUACUAGAAAUGUGCUGAAUAACAGUGAUAAUGCUGCCGUCAGUGGUAAUGCUAGUACUAUUAGUAUGAACCAUUUGGAUAUGAAUUUUGAUGACGAGGCAACAAUUGGUCCAAAUACUCGAGAGCAAUUUGCUACAAAAGCAGUUAACUGUGCAGAUGGUGGCGACAAUGUACCAGAAACUCCAAGAACGCCUACAAAGACCGAGUCUAUUUCAGGCAAACGCGCUGUGCUUUCUUCCAACUCUCCUAGAAAAUCGCCAAUUAAAAUUGGAUCUCCAGUUAGAGUUGUUAAGAAAAAUGGGUCGAUUACUGGUAUUGAACCAAUACCAAAAGCCACUCAAAAAUCUAAAAAAUCAUUCCAAGGAAACGAGAUUUCAAACCAUAAAGUACGAGAUGGGGGUAUUACACCUAGUUAUUGGUCAGAUCAUCAACAGCAUAAUCCUAGUAUGGUUUCUGUUCCUUCGCAAUACACUGAUGCGACAUCAACUCUUCCAGAAGAAAACAAAGACACCCAACAUCAACCUCGGGAAAAGCACCAUCACCAUCAUCAUCAACAUAAACAUAAAUCUGAUAUAUCUGGUGUUGUUGAUGAUGAAAUUCCUGACGUGGGAUUGCAAGAACGAGGUAAGCUAUUCUUUCGAGUUUUAGGAAUUAAGAAUAUCAAUUUACCCGAUAUCAAGAACCACAAGGGAAGAUUUACUUUAACGUUAGAUAACGGGGUACACUGUGUCACUACACCAGAAUACAACUUGGAAGACAACAAUGUUGCUAUAGGUAAAGAAUUUGAGUUGACGGUUGCCGAUUCAUUAGAGUUUAUUUUAACAUUGAAGGCAUCAUAUGAGAAACCUCGUGGCACAUUAGUGGAAGUGACUGAAAAGAAGGUUGUCAAAUCAAGAAAUAGAUUGAGUCGGUUAUUUGGAUCGAAGGAUAUUAUCACCACGACAAAGUUUGUACCUACUGAAGUGAAAGACACUUGGGCCAAUAAGUUUGCUCCUGAUGGUUCAUUUGCUAGAUGCUAUAUUGAUUUACAGCAAUUUGAAGACCAAAUCACGGGUAAGGCAUUACAGUUUGAUCUCAAUUGUUUUAAUGAAUGGGAAACAAUGAGUAAUGGUGAUCAACCAAUGAGAAGAGGCAAGCCUUAUAAGAUUGCGCAAUUGGAAGUUAAAAUGUUGUAUGUUCCACGAUCAGACCCUAGGGAAAUAUUGCCAACCAGUAUUAGAUCAGCAUAUGAAAGCAUCAAUGAAUUAAACAAUGAACAGAAUAACUACUUUGAAGGUUAUUUACAUCAAGAAGGAGGGGACUGUCCAAUUUACAAGAAACGUUUUUUCAAAUUAAUGGGCACUUCUUUAUUGGCUCAUAGUGAAAUAUCUCAUAAAACUAGAGCAAAAAUCAAUUUAUCAAAAGUUGUUGAUUUGAUUUAUGUCGAUAAGGAGAACAUUGAUCGUUCCAAUCAUCGAAAUUUCAGCGACGUGUUAUUGUUAGAUCAUGCAUUCAAGAUCAAAUUUGCUAAUGGUGAAUUGAUUGACUUUUGUGCUCCUAAUAAACAAGAAAUGAAAUUAUGGAUUCAAAACUUACAAGAAAUUAUCUAUAGAAAUCGAUUUAGACGUCAACCAUGGGUAAAUUUGAUGCUUCAACAACAACUACAACAACAAAACCAACAAGAAUAA